AUAGAUGAUGAAUCUGUAGUUUGAGUCAGCAAUAUUUGGAAGAUUGUUAUAUUUGUUACUUUUCUUAGCUGUAUACUUUUCAUGAUGUUCUUUGCAGUACUUACAUGAGAGGCCGGUAUCCAACUGACUCAAGAUGGAUGAUAUCUCCCUGAUGGACACAACUUCGGAUGAUGAGCUUGACUUCAAUACCCCUCUCUGGAAGCGCAUCAAUAGACGUCAAGUUUCAUCAUCGGGAAGUCCUAGAGAUGGAAAGGACUUGUUAUUUGCCAAGCCAUUCUUUGAAGAGGCACAUGAUAAGUUGAAGAAAGGGUUGACGACGUCAGGGUCUUCGGAUGGGACAGCCUUUGGGGAACGUGGAAGUCCGCUCUCGGAAGUGACUAGCAACAUCUCCUGGGGUCCUCUAAGUCCAACAUUCCCUGGGAAGCCGACAUUAGACAAAGGUAAUCCAUUUGCAAGGUCUGCAGAUUGUAAAACAAGUGGUCCAGGUACCAGUAAAGCAGAAUGCUUCAGGACACCUUAUCAAGAAGAAAGUACUAAAUAUCCUGUUUCUGAAAAGGGGAAACUUGGCAAGACUAAACUGACAUCAACGGACACUGCUUCAGAACGGUUACAAGCUCCUAGUCAUCAGGUCAGUAAAGAACCACAAUCAUACAUCUGUGGCAAGUUUGCGAAAGAUGAACCAGACACUUCUGGAAGGCAGCACCUGCCCCUGGAGACGAGCAGCACUCUGUCUCCCAGUCCUUCCAAAGGAGGAUGGAAAAAGAUACAUGUCAGUCCUACGGAAACGUCAAAGAAGUUGUUGAACUUGCCCAUUUCUCCUUGGAGACACGUAGGGAAAGUCAGCCCAAAGCAUGCCUCUCCAGGAUCAAGUGUUCAUAUACACUGGGAUAAGAACAAAAAGAUGCAGUCUACCUCACUAGAGCCAAAAGGCAGUAGCAGAUACAGUCCUAACAAACUUCGGACGCAUUUUAGUCCAAGUUCCACUCUCAGGUCACCUUCAACCUUCAGUAUUAGAAGUCCAAUUUUGAUCCCUGACACACCAAACCUGGAAAGUCAGGACAGAAAGCAAGAUAGUGAUGAUGGAAACAUAAGGAGUUCCUCUCCGAAAUCUCAACUUGGCCAUUCUGGAAACCGUGAUAGGCCUAAUGUUCUUUUGAAUGAUCUCUUGUCAGAAGAUGAUGACUUUAAAUUAGAUCAGGACUUGCCGUCUACUUCAUCAGCUCGUAGCCUGUUUUCAUCCCGCUCACCACGUUCAAGUCAUGAUGUCAUAAGUCCAAAGAAGACCGUGCACACUCCAACAAAGAAAGUGAAGGAAAUUUGGAUGCAAAAGCUGAAGGGCUCAGAAAGCAGUGAGAGAAAGGAAGCAAGACAAAGGGAUCCGGUGUGGGACUUUGCUGACAAGUUUUCCUCUCCAGAAAAGUACUCUGACGAUUCCUCAAAGACGUUUGAUCACAGAAGACAAGGAGUGGGAGUGAAUUCAAAAGAGGACAAUUAUUUCAACAAAGUAAUUAGUCCUGAAAAAAAGGUGAGUAGAAAGUAUCUGCGAUCAGUGACAACAAGUGAAGAUGAUGACCUUCCUCUUAUUUCAUAUGUUACAAAAAAGAACAGACAAUCUGCUUGUGAUAAAUCACCUGCCGACUCUGCGAAACACAUGCAUGAUCCAUUGGUUACUUCUCCGUCAAGAACUUGGACAAGCCCUCCAAACAGGAGUUCAUGGGCCUCUCCAACCCAUUCUAAGAAGCUUCCGGUCAUUUCUCCUUGGAGGCCACAGUCUGGUGUCAGCAGUGGGGUAUCACACAGAAAGGACACUUUGAAUAAUGAUGCGCAGACGGCUAAAGGUAUCUCUAGCAGCAGUUCUAUAGGUAGGGCUAAUGAUGAUAAGAAGGAUGGAAUGGCACAUCGUAGAUCAGCAACAGGUAAUGAUGACAGAGGGAAAAGAAAUGCCAAGGGUAAAUUUGCUUCAGCAAUGACGAAGAAGAAGCUGAUGGCAUCAUUGUUUGCUGAUUUUUCAAGCGAUGAAGACGAGGAUAACCAUUUGUCCGCAGAUAAGAAGCGGAAGAAUGAGGAUGGUGCCCAUGGACUUGAGAGUGUGGAGGAAAGGACCAAACGGAGGAAAGUCAAUUCACAUAGUACUUGUGAAGACUUUGAUGGUUCAAGCAAUUCCAGGGAUCAACGGAGAGUUGGACAUCGUACAAGUUCAAAGAGAAUUACAGACGGUAAUCAUUUAUCAGAUUCUAUUCAAAGUAGUUCAACAACUAUAUCACCGUCCUAUCCCAACCAAAAAAGCGUGUCAAGAACUUCUUCAAAGAAAAAUCCUAUUCCUUCCACCAAAACAUCAGGUCAAUCAUCUAGUGAUGAGUUAGCUCAGUCAAGGUACUCAAAAGGUAGAGGUGAGAAAACAGAAAAAGGACAAAAUGGUCCUUCUAGGAAAGAAGGCCGCCAGAUAACCUCAAGUAGAUUCCACACUUCUGAUCCUUUGGAUCUACCUUCGUCAAGCGGCAUUUCAGAAGGUACGGUGAACACGGUGAAGGAUGAUUCUGACGAUGAAGUAGUGGUUCUUGAUUCUUAUGCGUAUGCCUCCUCACUGGUAGGAACCUAUGGCAAGACAAGAAAGAGCCACAAAAAGAAUGCAGCACAUGACAAGAAGAAAGAUGCCAGAGGUUCAUCUAAAAGCUCUUCCAGGAGCAGCGCUACAGGUAGUCUUGCAGAUGAGAGGAAUACAGUCUCACCUUCACUCUUGCGUCAACUCAACCAGAUGGAGUCGGAUGAAGCCAUGGCGAGAAGACUGCAGGAGGAGUAUGAUGCAGAAAUGGCUCGGUCUGUCCAGCAGCAUAGGCCGACUAACAAAUCAAGGGAAGAUACACAUCGAGCAGAAUCGACAGCUACCCAUUCAGCCAGCGACAGAAGGGAAGCGGUGAACGAACCCGAUGCUGGAACCUUCGCAAAUUUCAAUCCUCGUCAUAACAUCUCUAUCGAAGUCUCCUCCGAUGUACCCGUCCAGAUCGGCAGCUUCAACUGGAACUACGAUUUCCAGCCUGCAUCAUCGCUCCUAGACCUAGGCAGACCGGAUCGUCCACCGCCGUCUCAUUCACCUCCUCCCCUGCCCAGGAGAGGGCGUCCUGACCAUCGCCAACGACGUGGCAGUCGCUCGCGCAACUCCGACGCUCGUGUGGACGAGGGAAUCCCUAACUUGGCAAACGUUAGAGGGCGCUUUUACGAAGACCAUGGGCUUGGCAUGGAAAUGUUAUUAGAUAUGCAUCACGACAUGGGUUCACGCUGGAUGCCGUACCCAUAUUUUGAUGAUAUUAACCCUCCACCGAGGCCUGGUCGACAGCGAGUACGGGGUGGAGGUCGAGCACGAGGUCGAAGGAGAGUUAUGGGUGGUGAUCACAACAAUGGCAAUGACUAUGAUGCCCUCCUCCAGCUCGCGGAAAAUCUUGGACCGGCCGUUGACAAGCGGCUCAACCAGGCCUCGAUAGACAGGCUUCCAACCUUCAAAUUUGCCAAGGACCAGCACUCGGGCUCUCAGGAGGAGAACUCCUGUCCCAUCUGUAUGGAUGAUUACGAGGAAGGGGCGGAGCUCCGCAGGCUGCCUUGUUUCCAUGGCUACCAUAAGAAUUGCAUCGACAUGUGGUUGAAGAAAAAUCAAGAUCCAGUGUGUCCAAUAUGCAGAGUAGAAGUGAAGAUCGAGUAGAGAUGGACAACAACAGACGGCCCCAUCAUAGAGCUAGCAUCAGUGUACGAAUAAAUCCAUGUGGUGAUUUACCUACCUGUUACCUAUCCUCCAAAUGCCCAGGGCCUCCACGGAACGUCUCCACCCUGGCUUCUGCCCGCAACCUACAUCCACCCACGGUCCUCUCUAUUUCCACUGAUAGCCGCCAAGUUGCUUUGGACCUGCCCCUUUUCCUCUUCCUUCUGGUGCCCAGGUCAAUGCUGUGUAGCAGAUGCUUCAAGGUCCCUCUCCGCUUAAUGUCUGCCCGAUGAAUGCUUGGGAGACUUAACAUGUGGUGAUUACUAGUAUGUAUGUGUUUUUUAAUAUAGGAUGAUAAUAGUUUCACCUUUUGAUACUCCCUUUAUAUACAUGUACAUCUUAUUUGAAACGGCACCAAAAUGGAUUAGGGAGAUUUUGAUAAUGAAGGAGGCCCUCUGGGUUUGACCAUUUUGGCCUAAUCCAAAAUGGCUGCCAGGUGUAGAAAAGUAGAGUAAUAUAAUUUUUUGUGCUUAGGGGGUUUAUAGCUUUGCUAUGCUCCUCAGAAUUUAAGAAUAAAUGGGUUAUUUCAUGGAGUCAGAGCAAUGAAAUCCGCAAUGUUUAUGCUGACAUUAUUCAUAAUGUCAUGAUGAAUAUUUAUAUAGAUGUCGUUUUGCUUUGAUGUGCCAGGUUAAUGUGACUUUGCCCCAAUAAUGAUUCAUUUUAAGGUUUCAUACAUGUUCCAUACAGGCUUCGGCCUCCCCCCUCCUAUUUUUCUAAAACCCUGUACAAAAAUGUAAAAAUGGCCACUUGUGUUUUUUUGCCUGGUCAGCGCCCCCCCCCCCCUACUUUCAGAACCGUUCCACAACCUGUAUUACUGACAUAGCAACAUUGCAUUUCCUUUGAAUUAAAUGACCAUUAAAUUGAAGAUGAUGAUCUACAGCAUUUGUAUUGUCCCAUAUUAACAGCCUGCAUAUUAAACAUAUGGGGCAAUGGCAUUUCAACAGGAUAACCAUCAAGUAUCUUUACUUGUUUCAAAGUUACGUGUAAUGUUCUCCCCAAAGAUGUGCUGUGUUUAGAUAUGCCAAGAAAUAAUGGAACAGGGGGUGUUUCACAAAGACUUAAAUUUUCAGUUGUAUUACUGAAUAAAAUACAGUGCUGCAUUGGUCAAAUGAUGGUGAGAGGACAAGCGGUAAUUGCGUAUUAGUAAGAUUGCUUGUUAAAGAUCAUUUGCGUAUUGACAUUUUUAGAUGUCAAUGUGCAUACUGAAGUCUCACUUAAUUCUUUGUGGAACACUCUCCAGUCGCUCUUGCAAGUUCUAGGGUUCACUCAAAGCGACAUGGGCCACAUUGAAUGUUGCAAGGCCAUUUCCUGACAUUGCAACAUGAAAUACUCUACAUAAAGGCGACCGCACACCUUACGAUUGGUCUGCGACCCGAUUUCAGAAUAAAUUGUAGUAGAAUUUGUUGCUAAUAUUGAGAGUUGGAAUAUCUUACUGUGUAAUGUUCUUAAUCAUGGUACGAAUACCUAUGUUCAAAUCUGUGACUAUGCUGUCGUCCUUAGAAUACAAGCGAAUUUAAUUUUAGUCGUAAUGACGUCAUAGCAGUCGUACGAUUGGCUACGAUUUGAACUAAUUUGGCCUUUAUUCCAAAAUAAAGGCUUGUAAUCUUACAAAAUUGUUAUAUUAGAAUUCUUUCAAUUAAUUUUAACCUCAAAUAAAAUGAUGUGUUACAUUCUCAGAAAAUGAGUAAAAUGCGAUUUGUUCCGAAAUCGGAUCGCGAACAGUCGUAAGGUGUGCGGUGGCCUUAUGUGUCCUUUGUAUGUAAUCGCCGAAAUACGAAUAGUUGUUCAAUGUAGAAUCUUAGCAAUGCAAUAUAUUAAUCAGGUUUGUAGGGUGUAACAGGCCAGAUUCCAUGGCCCGUAUUCUGAAGUCAGGUUUGAUUAAAACUCUGGUCUAAAGUUGUGGUAUGACUAUGGAUAGCCAAUUGUGACAUAAAUCUCUAACAGUAGAGGUUCAUAGUAUCAGCUCAUGUGACUCUCAAAUCAUUCUUAACUGUCUGGAAAGACAACAUAAGAUAGUUGUCUUCACCAUUAAAGAAUUAGAAAAAAGCACAGUAAAAAUACGAAACAAUCGGAAACAUACCAUGCUAACAAAUUUUGAUACGUUUGGCUUCCCAUAAUUUUAGCACAGAGUUAGACCAUGAAUGGUCUAAGUUCAGAAUACAGGCCUAUGCGUCUUAUGACUGGUAUCACUCGUAUAAGAACAUGCAUGCCUACGACAAACCGGUUCCAUGAAAUUUGCUCCAGCGACUAUUGGUCCAAUGGAAAAUCUGCACAUUAAGCCAAAUAUAAAUGCGAUCCUUCACAACUAAAUAAACCCUUAUCUUAUGUAUAUUAUUCAGAACCAAAUGGUCUAUUACAAUCCUAACUCUAACCCUAUGGCCUGUAUUCUGAAGUCAGGUUUAAGUUAGACCGUGGUCUAACUCGGCUAAAAUUAUGGGAAGCCAAAAGCAUCAGAAUUUUUAUUACACUGUA